CGUGUCGGGAUCGGGAUGAGCUGGCAUUAAACGCCGGAAGUCUUUUGAAAACGAAGCUAAGCUAACAGGCUAACUAACCUGCCCAGCAGACGUUUGUAAGCUGAGCUGAUCAGCAGCGUGUGGACGAGUUUUCUCCGAGUUUGUUUCUGGAUCCUUUGAGGUGUCAGGAUGAGUCUGCAGUGGACGGCGGUGGCCACCUUCCUGUACGUGGAGGUCUUCUUUGUUCUGCUGCUCUGCAUCCCCUUCAUCUCACCUAAGAGGUGGAAUAAAAUCUUCAAGUCUCGUAUCGUCCAGACCAUCGCUCUCUAUGGAAACACUUACUUCAUGGUGGCCAUGGCGAUCCUCGUCUUCCUGCUCAUCGAUGCGUUUCGCGAGGUGAGGAAGUACAGCGUGACAGAGAAGGUGGAUCUGACCAACAACCCGACGGCCAUCGAACACAUUCACAUGAAGCUGUUCAGAGCUCAGAGGAACGAGUACAUCGCCGGCUUCGCCCUGCUGCUCUGCCUGCUGCUGCGUCGCCUCACCACCCUGCUCUCCCAGCAGGCAACACUCAUGGCGUCCAACGAAGCCUUCAAGAAGCAAGCGGAGAGCGCCAGCAACGCCGCCAAGAAAUACAUGGAGGACAACGAGUUGCUGCAAGAGAAACUGCGCGACGCCGGCAUCGAGGUGCCGGAGGCCGGGAAGAAAGGACCCGGAGUGCAGGAGGAGAACAAGAACCUGAAAGAGGAGGUGAAGACCCUGAAGGAGGAGCUGGACACCACCAAGAAAGCUCUGCAGAAGUCAGACAGCGACGUUCGUGCGAUGAAGAAACAGGCUGAGAACUUGACGGUGGAGUACGACAGACUGCUGGAGGAACACAGCAAGCUGCUGGCGAGCAGCGACAAGAAAUCCGACUGAGACGAAGACGGUUUCCAGCUUCUGUCCUCAUCUUCAUCAUCUUCAUCGUCUUCAUCAGCCUUGCACACAGAGAUGUGAUGUCACUUCCCGUCGGGUCAGCUGACAUCUCCCGGGGGGGCUGUGAUUGGUUAUAACGGGACCGUUUGGAAAGUUUCAUCACAAGAAAAGAAAAAAAAAACUGAAUGUCAGCUGUUUGAUUUUUCUGUCACAGUUUUGAGUUUACGUCUGUAACCGAAAAGUUUUACUUUUUUUGUUUGUUUGUUUGUUUGUUUUUUUUCAUCUUUUAAUUGUUUUGUUUUUUUCAGUUUGCUGUUAUCAAGAGUCGUCUAUAAACUGCAGAAUCACAACGUUUUCUCCACUGAGUUUGUUCCCUUUCUCUUCAAACAACCUGAAUCAUGUUUUCUGCAGGAACAGACGUGUUUCUCUCCCAUAUUAACGGCUGAAAUUAAAAGUUAAGCACAUCCUGGUUUGAAAAGUCUCCACACAGUUCUUUCUUGAAGCACAACUUUUUUUUUUUCAGUUUUAAUUUCAGGUUGUAAAUUUAUUG